AUGGUCAUUGCAUCAGUCGGUUCGCCCAUACAAACCCAAAUCUACGGCGAAGCUUUUGAGAAGCUUUCGAAAUACAUUUCCGGUGAGUAUCGCUCAAUUGGAGCGUUCGUCUCCGAUAUCAGACUUUUGUGUGGUCUCAUAAUGGUGGUUGGGGUGGUACGGAUGGUUUUCACCUGGGUUAGUAUUCACGUAUGGCUCAUUGUUGGCGAACGGCAACAGAAACGUGCUAGAAAAUUGCUAUUGACUGGGCUCAUGCGCCAAAACCUCGAAUGGUACGACAGCAAAGAGAACUUGAUGGGGACUUUGGCGCAGGUGAACAGGUGCAUUGAAGAGAUUAGGGUUGCAACAUCCGAAAAUGUUGCAUUACUAGUACAAGGCACUUCGGCAAUAAUUUUUCUCCUUAUCUCAGCGAUGAUAUCGUCUUGGUCGCUUACGCUAGUCAUCAUGGCGUCGGCGCCAUUAAUGGCACUUCUGAGCGUAGUGUUUGGUAAGCUCACUCUUCGUUUUGCAAGCAAAGAAAAUUCUUCAAGUGCUGAAGCAUCAAAAGUUUUGGACUGGUGUUUUGUCUCUGGGAACCUUGUUCGUUUGCUCAACGGGAAGUACGAAGACCUGGUGAGCUUCAACCGCAUUGUCGAUUCAUCUGCAAAGGCGUUUACAAAAAUGACUCUCGCAAUUUGCUCGAGUCAACUGGUCUUGAGAACUUUGUCCUUUCUCAUCUUCGUUCAGGGUUUCUGGUUUGGCUCAUUUAUGGUCCUGACUGGUAGACUCAGUAUUGGUCAAGUAUUCACCGCUUUCAGUUCGUGUCUUUUGCUUGGGACACAUAUCACAACAGUAGCUUCUGUUUUGGCCCUUUUGAACAAGGGACAAGCAGCAGCGGCAACCAUAGCGCUGUUCAUGAAAAAGGAUGACUAUUUUACUCUUGGAGACCCAGAUUCCGCAGAAAAGUAUUUUGAUCCCAUUGUGACAGGUCGAAGAAUCAGGUUUGACUGUGUAAGCUUCACUCACAAAAACUCUGAAAAGCAAAGUCUUCAUGAUUUGAGUUUUGAACUUCGCAAUGACAAUAUAAAUUUCAUAGUUGGUCCUUCUGGAUGCGGAAAGUCGACUCUUGUGUCAUUAUUGAUGAAGUUCUAUAGCCCCAACUGCGGUGCAAUCGUGGUAGAUGAUCACAAUCUUGCUCACCUAUCCGAAACACAAGUAUCAGGCUUUUCUACUCUCAUCGAGCUGAAAGCCAUCAUAUUUGAUAAGCUGUUAUACGAAAACAUCACACUCGGAUGCCCCAACAUAUCUUUAGAAUUGGUUGAGGAAGCCUGCGAGUUUGCGGAGUUAGGCACCUUUGUUCGGUCUCUUAAAAAUGGAAUUCAUCUGGAGGUGUCAACAAAUCUCUCCGGAGGACAAAUGCAGAGACUCGGGAUUGCCAGAGCAUACGUACGAGACAGCCCAAUCCUUAUUCUAGAUGAAGCUUUAAGUGCCAUUGACUUUCACACGCGGCGAACUCUUCUCAGAAGGAUCAGAGCUUGGAGAAAGGGAAAGAUGACGGUCAUGAUCUCCCAUAAUAUGCUGGACAUAGAAAAUAAUGAUCUGGUCCUCACUCUUCAAGCAGGCAAAGUUCGAGAGUAUGAGCAGUACAUCCCUUCAUCUCAUGAUGAUAAGGAAGUUGUUAACGUCAACGCUCUGAUUGACGAUCUUAUCGUUCAUGAAAAACUGGAAUCAAUAUUCUCCUCCGAAGAAACUCACAAUUCUCGGGAAGUCAAUGAUUUGGAAGCCCAGGGCGAUCAAAGAGAUGAACUCAAAAUCAAAUCAGUGUUUUCCAUUUUCAGGGAUUGUUUUCACACGAUUCCCAGAAAAUGGAUAAUUGGCACUUCGCUAAUGCUUUCAUUGAUCAGCGGAGUACUAACUCCAGUUUUGUCAUUUUGCUUCUCCAAAUUGCUUUCCAAUAUCGUCAACGAGUCAGCAAAAGCAUCACCUCCAAACCAUGGUGCUGUGUUUUGGUCCGUGCUCGUUAUAGGCCUUAUAAUCGGAGACGGUAUCAUUUACUUCAUGGCUCAUUUCCUUAUCACAUUCUCCUCCGAAGCUUGGAUUGUGAAACUUAGGAAAAAGGCAUUGGUGGCUAUCAAUGACCAAGACAUGUCGUUUUUCACACAAAAAUAUAUGAAGCCAGCUGAAUUAACAGCUCUCUUGAUGAAUGAUUCGAGAGACUUGAGAAACUUGAUUUCUGAAUUUUUGCCAGCUGCUCUUUCUCUUGUUGCAUUGACGCUCGUGGGAGUCAUAUGGUCUAUUGUUUCGGGCUGGAAAUUGGCAUUGGUUGGAACUUCGUUUGUCCCUCUUAUACUUUUGAUAACUAUUUCAUACGGCACAAUUCUUCUGAGAAUUGAGGCUAGCUAUAAGAAUAAGAUUGCCAAUAUUGAAAAGUAUAAUCACAAUGCUGUUCUGGGAGUGAAGACAGUGAAGGCAUUUGGAAUUGCUGACAAUUUGGAGAAACAGAUGCAAGAAAAGCUAGCAGAGAUCUCUUCAAUUGCAAUCACCAGGGCUUGUUUUACCGGCUUUGGCUACUCCCUACUGGAGAUGUGCACAUGUAUCGCCACAGCUGUCAUCCUUUACUACGGCUUAUUCCUUGUUGCUCGCCUUGAAUACACUUACGAGUCCAUGCUCCAAGUGCUCACUCUACUUACGUUCACAAUGACAUCAGCAUCCACACUCAUGAGUUCACUUCCCGAAAUUGCCAGAGGUCAAAGAGCUGGAACUCUCUUCGCAAAGCUCCUCUCUCUCACUGCUCUGCUGAUUGAGACUUCUGGAUCGAAGACCGCAUUGAGGCUAGUAAGGGAUGGUGAGCCAAUUUUAAAUUUCAGGAGUGUCAGCUUCUCAUAUCAUGACAGACAAAAUGACAGCUACAGAAGAGUUUUAUGCAACAUGUCGUUUGAGAUCACAAAAGGUAGCAUUGUGGGCAUUGUCGGUGCUUCAGGCAGUGGCAAGUCUACCGUUGCACUGUUGAUAGGUCGUCUCAUGGACUGUGACACAGGGAGGAUCAGUUUUAACACUCAGGAAAUUAUUGAAUACGACCCUCAGUGGUAUCGCAGAAAUAUUGCAAUUGUGCCACAGCAUCCAAAGUUUUUUGAAGGAACAGUGUGGGAGAAUUUAACUUAUGGGGUGGAGAAACCGUUUUUAACAAAAGACUUCGUCAUUGGCUACCUCAAGGUGUGCAAUAUGUGGGACCUCAUAGCCUCACUACCUUACGGGAUGGACACACAGCUUGAUGAAAGAAGUGUCUCUUCAGGACAGCUUCAAAGGUUAUGUAUUGCGAGAGCAUUGAUUAGAGAGCCCAAAUUGAUUGUUUUCGACGAAUGCACAUCAAACUUAGACAGGAUCAACACCAAGAUGAUAACAGAGCUCAUAAAUUUUGGGAUCACAGAGGCUAACCCUCAAACGACAGUCGUUGUCAUUACACACGAUGUGGAAAUAAUGGAACAGCUCCCUGAAAUACUCGUUUUGAAAAAUGGAAGAGUCGACCAACGUGGAAAGUAUGCAGACAUUGCUCACCAAGAGGGCGAGCUCAAGAGACUUUUAUCUCAGCAUUAA